GGUUAAAGGCUGUUCGCUGGGAGCAGUGCUGAGGGGGUUGGACCGUGACACUUCACCGGCGGAAUAAACCAAACACCUGCCACCGCGCACACUUUCAACUCACGGAGACGUGCAGCGUGGAGCUUGCGUGACAAGAAGACGAACACAUCUUCUGUUUUGUAUUCAAAGUGGCAAACGCUGGAGAUAUUCUCACGAAAACUGCAAAACACAACUUGACUUUUGUUGCCUUUAUCUCAUCAACUGUCUAGAUAAGAGGAAUCCUGAGGAAUUUCGUGCACAGACUGCAACUUUUAUCGCCGAUUAUUUUUUUUUGGACUGACUGACACGCCCCAAAAGUGAGAAUUCAAAGGCUAGAGCUAUAAAAGCUCUUAUGUUUUUAUGCGAAGGUUCGGACGGAUUUCAGAACUUCAGUAAGGCACGAGCUGUGUUCACAGAGACUGUAAGGAAUGUAACGAUAACAUCUCACCUGCGCCUCAAGACACCAAAUACACGGAGCAACAGACCGACUGAAACAAGACCAGCGAAUCGGGUUGCUUGCGAAUGGGUCUAACUAUGAGAGUAAUGGAAACGAGACUCCUCCUGUUGAUAUUGGCUUUGUGUGUGUUUGAAGAGGUCUGCACACAUCGCUCUGCUCCCAGAGUACACCUGGAUUUUAAAGAACUUAUGGACACUCGAACAGCGAGGCCAUUCAGUUUCUCCUUCAACACCAGUGACUACCGGAUCUUGCACGUUGACCCAGACCAGGGGCGGUUGUACCUGGGCAGCCGUGAAUAUCUGGUCUCUCUGGACAUGCAAAACAUCAACAAAGAGCCUCUCAUUAUCCACUGGCCGGCUCCAGCCCAAAGAAAGGGAGAGUGUCAGAUGACUGGGAAAGGCAGGCAUGGAGAGUGUGCUAACUUUGUGCGUCUGAUUGAGCCGUGGAACAGGACUCACCUGUACACCUGUGGCACCGGAGCUUAUAAACCCAUCUGCACCUUCAUCAACAGAGGCUGGAAAGCUGAGGACUAUCUCUUCAGACUGGUUCCUGGAUAUGUGGACUCUGGAAAGGGAAAAUGCUCUUACGAUCCAAACCAGGAGAAUGUUGCAGCCCUGAUUAAUGGAAACCUGUAUGCUGGAGUGCCGGUGGACUUCAUGAGCACUGAUCCAGGCAUCUUCAGGACCAUGGGGAGCCGGCCAGCUGUGAGAUCAGAGCAGUAUGACUCUAAGUGGCUGAAUGAACCUGUAUUUGUUCACAUGAAACAGAUUCCCGACAGCUCUGAGAAGAACGAUGACAAACUCUAUUUCUUCUUCCGUGAGAAGAGUCUGGACUCUGGGGCUGGAGCGAGUCCAAGUGUGCUGGCCAGAGUGGGCCGUGUUUGCCUGAAUGAUGAGGGCGGACAGAAGUCACUUGUGAACAAAUGGACAACUUUUUUGAAGGCCAGGCUGGUGUGCUCCGUGAUGGGCGAUGAUGGGGUUGAAACCUUCUUUGAUGAACUGAGGGACAUGUUUAUCCAACCCACCCAGGAUGAACGAAACCCAGUGGUAUAUGGUGUCUUCUCAACUUCUGGCUCGGUGUUUAAAGGCUCAGCCGUGUGUGUCUACUCAAUGGCUGACAUCCGAAAUGUCUUUAAUGGCCCUUUCGCCCAUAAACACGGACACAACUACCAAUGGACUACUUAUACAGGGAAGAUUCCCUAUCCUCGUCCGGGAACAUGUCCAGGAGGCACAUUCACGCCGGGCCUUCAGUCCACAAAAGAGUUCUCAGAUGAAGCGGUUAACUUCAUUCGUGCUCAUCCUCUCAUGUACCACCCCGUGUAUCCCAUUCACAAGCGCCCUCUGGUGGUGCGCUCUGGUGUAGACUAUCGCUUUACUACUAUUGCAGUGGAUCAGGUGGAUGCUGUGGAUGGCCGAUAUGAGGUUCUCUUCCUGGGAACAGAUAGUGGUACGGUCCAAAAAGUUAUAGUCCUGCCCAAGGAUCCCACCACAAUGGAAGAGCUAACUUUAGAGGAAGUGGAAGUUUUCAGGACACCUGCUCCUGUUAAAACAUUGUACAUAUCAGCCAAAAGGCAACAACUGUACGCAUCUUCAGAAGCAGGUCUUACCCAGAUGUCCCUGCACCGUUGUGGGGUAUAUGGGAAGGCCUGUUCAGACUGCUGUCUGGCCAGAGACCCCUACUGUGCUUGGGAUGGAGAAAACUGCUGUGCCUUUACACAAGCCACCAAAAGGAGGAGCAGAAGGCAGGAUGUUAAACAUGGUGACCCUUUGCGUCAGUGCCGGGGCUACAACGCUAAAGUGGAGAGGAGACUGCAGGAGAAAGUUCAGUUUGGUGUGGAGGGUAGCAGCACAUUUCUGGAGUGUGUGCCGCGCUCUCCUCAGGCCACUAUCAAAUGGCUUUACCAGAGAGAUGGAAGACGAAAAGUGCUGAAUCGAGACGGGGAGGUUCUUAAGACUCCUCAGGGGGUCCUUCUGAAAACACUCACUAAAUCAGACGCAGGCCUCUACCAUUGCCUGGCCACAGAAAAUAACUUCAAACAUACGUUGGCUCGUGUCUCCUUGCGCAUCCUGGACCGGGACAUCGCUGUAGCCCUCACCACCCCCGAUGAUGAGGAAGAGGCAUCAAGGAGCCGUCACAAAGUUUAUCAACAGGACCCUGCACCUCCUACCCCAGCGCUCCUGCUGGAGCCUGAGAUGCGUCUGAUUCAGCAGUACUGCAAGUCCUACUGGGAGCAGCUGACGGCCGGGGGGAACUCACAGGCUGACCUCCCCAAACGUACAAAUCGCAGACACACAGAUGCACUGAAGGCUAGUGGGGAGUGAGGAGGACAAGAAAAGAGAGUCACCUUGCUCCGAGCAGUUUGUGGACUUGCAUAGGUUAGUUCACAUGCAGUGGCACCAAAAAAGUAUUUGGACACUUUUGGACCAUUUAGACACUUUCUACAGUGUUCAAAGUGAAUAAAAAUUCAGUUUUGAUUCUUAAAAAUGAAAAUGUAUUAAUUUCCCCAGAGUAUUUGGACACUUUUGGACUACUUGAACACUUUGAUACUGUGUUCAAAAUAAAUCAAAAUACAAUUUUGAAUUAUGAUUACAUUUGUACAAUAUUCCAAAGUAUUUUUUGACAUCUAAAAAAGAAUAAAUUACAGUGUUCAGAAGUUAACCAGUUGUAUAAAUUAAUGUUAUUAAUAUUAAUGUAAAAUUAAUUCAUUCAAAUAUCGGGAAAUUACUUUAUAUUUUAGACACAUAAAAAAAAUGGAUACAUUUUUACAGUGUUUAAAAAUCAUUUUUAAAUGAAUUAAUUAUUUUCCCCAAUAUUCAAAAUAAUUUUGAACACCGUAUCUGUUUUUUUAAAAUUUGCCACUUGGUUUGAUAUUUUCUUAUCUAGUACAAUAACAUUUAUCCAUAAAAAAAGAAAUGUCCAAAUCCUUUUUUGGGGUCAUUGUAUGUAAUCAAACAUUCAUUGUGCAUUUGUUCACUGAUCCAAAGUUUAAAUACGUGACCAUUAAUUUGUCAGUUGUACUGGGAUUGUAGUCUGUGUUGAUUUAGGACUGAACAUUUCCACUUGCCACAGUGAUUUGACUGAAUUUCAGUAUUAUACACAGGUGUAAACUUUUACUAAUCUCACAAAUUAAGCUAUAAAUGACCUCCAGGAUUCAGUCAUUACAUACUGGCUUUAAUUAAAAAAAAAAAAAAAAAAAAA